UCAAAAGAUCGGUGAUGAAUCGAGUGGAAGCUCUUGAUUUGGACACUUCUUGAUGCAAACAGUACCAGUAUAUGAGGUCAGAAAUGAUGUUCGUUCACGUCUAAUGGAGUGUGGCGGGUAUUGGGAGCGAACAGCAAAUUUUGUUAAUUUUGUUAAGCUAACCUCCACUUUUUCCUCCCCAUGCCACCGAAUCUCCGGCUUCUCCGGCACAUGCCAUGGCAUCUACGACACAUGCCAGGCGUCUACGGCACAUGCCAUUGUUUAUAAGGCGUAUGGGACACAGAAGAUGAGUGUCUGUGUGAAGGAAGAGGUCGAAGCAGAGUCUCCAGGAUCCAGAUGUGUGUUUCUGAAGAGUGACAGGUCCAGAUGUGAGCCUCCAUCAUUCAGUCCUGAACCGAGAACCUCAGACAUAAAUGGUCAGAACCACAGUCCACCUCCAGGACCCAGCUGUCUGUCUAUGAAGAGUGAUUGGUCCAAAGAUUGUCCUCCAGACCUCAGUCCAGGACCUAGAGUGUCAAACACAAAAGAGAAGAAGAGGAGUCAUGUUCCGGUAGAGGAGCAGCCGCCCUGCUGUGCUGAGUGUCAGGAGGUUCUGAAAGAUCCAGUUUUUAUCAGCUGUGGACACUGGUUCUGCAGACAGUGCGUCGCCUCAUACUGGGACCAGCCUGGACCAUCAGGAGACUCCUCCUGUCUCCAGUGUGGGAAAAGACCCAGAACCAGAGCUGGACUGCAGACGGAUCAGACCAGCACCGUUCACACAGAUGUUGCUCUGCAGGGGGCUUUAGAUGAACAUAAGCUAUGCCUGAGGAGCAGAUGUGAAUGUGUGACUGAAGGGGGUGAAACAGGAAGUGGAGUCCUUCUCACCAGCAUCUACACUGAGCUCUACAUCACAGAGGGACCGAGUGAAGAGGUGAACACCCAACAUGAGGUGAGGCAGCUGGAGACAGCUUCCAAGAAGAAGACCUUCCAUGAGGCUCCCAUCAAGGUCUACGACAUCUUUAAAGCCUCUUCUGACCCAAACAGACCCAUCAGACUGGUUCUGACCAACGGCGUUGCUGGCGUUGGAAAAACCUUCUCGGUUCAGAAGUUCACUCUGGACUGGGCCGAUGGCCGGGAAAACCCAGACCUCAGUGUUCUGGUUCUGCUGUCGUUCAGGGAGCUGAACCUGAUCAGAGAUGAGCAGCACAGUCUUCUCACGCUGCUCCAUGUUUUCCAUCCAACGCUCCAGAAGGUCCCAGCAGAGCAGCUCUCUGUCCUGAAGCUUCUGUUCAUCUUUGACGGCCUGGAUGAAAGCAGACUCUCACUGGACUUCAGCCACAGGAAGGUUGUGUCUGAUGUCACACACAAGUCAUCGGUCAACGUGCUGCUGACCAACCUCAUCCAGGGGAACCUGCUUCCCUCAGCUCUGGUCUGGAUCACUUCCCGUCCUGCAGCGACCCAUCAGAUCCCUCCUACGUGUGUGGACAGGGUCACAGAAGUACGAGGCUUCACCGACGCCCAGAAGGACGAGUACUUCAGGAGGAGAUCCAGCCAAGAGGAGCUGUCCAGCAGAAUCAUCUCACACGUCAAAAUGUCCAGGAGCCUCCACAUCAUGUGUCAGAUCCCAGUGUUCUGCUGGAUCACUGCUACGGUUCUGGAGCACAUGUUGACUACAGAGCAGAGAGGAGAAUUACCCAAGACCCUGACGAACCUGUACUCACACUUCCUGCUGGUCCUGACCAAGAGGAAGAGAAACAAGUACCACAAAGGACAUGAGACCAAUCCACAGGAGCUGAUGGAGGCUGACAGGGAAGUUCUCAUGAAGCUGGGAAGGCUGGCGUUUAAACAUCUGCAGGAAGGAAACAUAAUGUUUUACCAAGAAGACCUGGAGCAGUGUGGUCUAGAUGUUGCAGAGGCCUUGGUUCACUCAGGAGUCUGUACAGAGAUCUUCAGAAGAGAGAGUGUGAUCCUCCAGAAAACAGUCUACUGCUUUGUUCAUCUGAGCGUUCAGGAGUUUCUGGCUGCUGUUUAUAUGAUGCAUUCUUACACCAACGGUAAGAUGGAGGAACUGGAGGAGAUUUUGGUUGCUGUUUACAGCUUUACCAACAGUACGAGACUGAGUGACUCUCACCUGGAUAUCUUUCUAAAUGAAACAAUGGAGGAAUCCCUCCGAAGUCCAAGUGGCCACCUGGACCUGUUUGUUCGCUUUCUUCAUGGCCUCUGUCUGGAGUCCAACCAGAGAAUCUUAGGAGGUUUGCUGAGUCACAUAGAGAACAGUCCAGAAACAAUCCGGAGAGUCAUCAACAAUCUGAAGGAGAUGACCAGUGAUAAAAUGUCUCCAGAUAGAAGCAUCAACAUCUUCCACUGUUUGAUGGAGAUGAACGACCACUCAGUCCAUCAGCAGAUCCAAGAGUUUCUGAUGUCAGAGAACAGAUCAGAGAAGGAACUCACCUUUAUCCAAUGCUCAGCUCUGGCCUACAUGCUGCAGAUGUCAGAGGAGGUUCUGGAUAAGUUGGACCUGAACAAGUACAACGCAACAUCAUGGGACGGACGAUGGAGACUGAUCCCAGCUGUAAGGAACUGCAGAAAGGCUAAACUUUCUAGAUGUCAACUCAAAAACACUCACUGUGACGUUGUGGCAUCAGCUCUGAAGUCCAACCCGUCACAUCUGACACAUCUGGACCUGAGUAACAACAACCUGCAGGACUCAUCAGUGAAGGCUCUGUGUGCUGGACUGGAGAGUCCUCACUGUCGAUUGGAGAUGCUGAGAUUGAGUGACUGCAGGUUGUCAGAGAUCAGCUUUGAUUCUCUGGGCUCAUCUCUGAAGUCCAACCCAUCACAUUUGACACAACUGGAUCUGAGCUGGAACCAGCUGCAGGAUUCAGGAGUGAAGCAGCUGUGUGGUUUUCUGGAGAGUCGUUACUGUCGACUGGAGACUCUAAGAUUGAGUUGCUGCAGUUUGUCAGAGAUCAGCUGUGAUUCUCUGGUCUCAGCUCUGAAGUCCAACCCAUCACAUCUGACAAAACUGGACCUGAGCUGGAACAACCUGCAGGAUUCAGGAGUAAAGCUGUGUGGUUUUCUAGAGAGUCGUGACUGUCGAUUGAAGAUUCUGAGAUUGAGUGGCUGCAGUUUGUCAGAGAUCAGCUGUGAUUCUCUGGUCUCAGCUCUGAAGUCCAACCCGUCACAUCUGACACAACUGGACCUGAGCUGGAACAACCUGCAGGAUUCAGGAGUGAAGCAUCUGUGUGGUUUUCUGGAGAGUUGUCACUGUCGACUGGAGACUCUGAGACUGAGUGUGUGUGACCUGUCAGAGAGAAGCUGUGAAGCUCUGUCCUCAGUUCUCAGCUCUCAGUCCUCUAGUCUGAGACAACUGGACUUGAGUAACAACGACCUGCAGGAUUCAGGAGUGAAGCUACUGUCUGCUGGACUGAAGAGUCCUCACUGUCGACUGGAGAGUCUCAGGCUGUCAUGUUGUCUGAUCUCAGAGAAAGGUUGUGUUUCUCUGGCCUCAGCUCUGAGCUCCAACCCCUCUCAUCUGAGAGAGCUGGACCUGAGCUACAAUCAUCCAGGAGACUCAGGAGUGAAGCUGCUGUCUGAUGGAUUGAAGAAUCCACAUUGGAAACUGGACACUCUCAGGGUGGAGCCUGGUGGAGUUCAUUGGUUAAGAGCAGGUCUAAGAAAGUAUUUCUGUAAACUCACAGUUGACACAAACACAGUGAACAAAAAACUACGACUGUCUGACAACAACAGGAAGGUGACGCAUGUGUGGAUGGAACAGUCAUAUCCUGAUCAUCCAGACAGAUUUGACCAGUGUCCUCAGCUGCUGUGUAACAAUGGUCUGAUUGGUCGCAGUUACUGGGAGGUUGAGUGGAAAGGAAGUAUCAAUAUAUCAGUUAGUUACAGACAAAUUAGGAGGAAAGGAGAUGGUAUAGACUGUGAGUUUGGGUGCAACGACCAGUCCUGGAGUCUGAUCUGUUCUAAUGUUGGUGGCUACUCUGUCAAACACAAUAACACAGAAACAUCUAUCCACUCCUCCUCUGUGUCUGACAGAGUAUCAGUGUAUGUGGACUGUCCUGCUGGUUUUCUGUCCUUCUACAGAGUCUCCUCUGACAAACAUAUCCACCUUCACACCUUCAACACCACAUUCACUGAACCUCUUUAUCCUGGGUUUAGGUUUUGGUCCGGUUCUUCAGUGUCUCUGUGUGAUGUAUCGUAGUGAGAGUUAGAUCCUGUGAGAGAAUGUUGAACUUUGGAACAUACUGGUACACACGUAGACAAAAUUGUUGAUACACCUCAGUUAAGAGGCUUACGCAAUUUCCCCUCUGCAGGACAAGUAAAUGGUUUCUUAUUCCUAAUCUUAAUGAAAAUCAAAACCACAAUAGUCAUAAAAAUAUUUUGACUUACCUGACAAAAGUAAUAAAUACAGACCAGCAGACAGCAGACACAAACCAAUCUAUAAUCCGCGCAGAUGUUCCUGUAUACUAUGCCAGUCACUUGGUUGUGGCGUUCCAUGUAUGCUUUCCCUGCCAGCAUCUUACACCCUGCAGUUAUGUGCUGGAUCGUCUCAGGGGCCUCUUUGCACAGUCUACACCUUGGGUCUUGUCUGGUGUGGUAGAUCUGGGCCUCUAUGGCUCUGGUGCUCAGGGCCUGCUCCUGUGCGGCCAGGAUGAGUGCCUCUGUGCUGUCUUUCCGCCCAGCCCUUUCAAGCCAUUGGUAGAGUUUGUUGAGAUCAGCCACUUCAGUUAUGUUUAUUGAUUACUUGAUUACAGCUCAGCAUUCAAUAUCAUCAUACUGUACCUGGCAUACUGGCGGAUAAACCGUUGCAUCUAUGACUUCCUUGCGUCAACUCCUCUUUUAUUAUCACAUGUAUUCCUGGCUUCCCACAGGGCUGUGUGCUCAUUCCUCUGCUUUCCUCCCUGUGCACCUAUGAAUGCACUUCUAUUCAUUCCUACAACAUAAUAAUUAAAAAUGCGGACGACACAAGAGUGGUUGGCCUAAUAACAGGAGCAGACAAUUUGGAGUACAGGGAGGAGGUACAAGCAACACCAAAAGCAACACCAAGUGGUGCAAUGAACAAUAACCUGGAGCUGAACACCAGGUAAACCAAGGAAAUGAUCAUUGACUUCAGACAGAACAAGAGGAUGUUGUGUAUCAAUGGUGAUGAGGUAGCGCGGAUCUCAUCUUAGAUGAAUAAACAUCUCAGAGGAUCUCUCCUUGACCGAUCACACAACAACCAUUGUUAAGAAAUCCCAGCAGAGACUGCACUUUUUGAAACUGUUUCGCAAAAAAAUCUGUGCGAGGGUACUGAGAGAGCCCUUGCACACUGUCUCACAGUGUGGUAUCCUGGUUGUUCAGCCAAGAAUAGGAAGCGCUAUAUGUCUCAACAGGAUAUGGAUCAUAAUAAAAGACAAUACCCACCCUGGUCACGAGCUGUUUAGAAUAUCUUCUAUUUUGUCACUGGUGAAGUGGAAAGUCAGGCUUAUCAUAAUGCACUGCAGUGUUAUAUAGGGUAUCAAGGUAGAGAGAUUUUUACUGUGAAGAAUGUUCACUGUGCAGGAACCUCCAGGAAUAUUUAAGUAAUGAGGAUUGUUGAUAACACUAAGCCUGAUUCGCUGAUUAUUGUUUUCUCAAUUUAUAUAUUGAAGAGUUUUUAUUAAUUCAAACAUCUGAUACAUUGAGCACUUCUAUUGUUCAAUCACAAUUUAUGGACAAAAACAUAACCCAAAAAGUAGACAGGUUAAUCUGUUUUUCUAAAAAUGGCAUGGGCGUAAUCAGCCAGAGAACAGUGAAAGUGUUUGUGGAACUAGGAAAAGGGCACAGAUUGUGCUUGUGUAUAUUGGACAAUAAUGUACUGUACAGGACAUGGGAAAUUGUUUUUAUUUUUAUUCAGAAACAAGACUUUGCCAACAGUUUCCCACACAGAAGAAAUCCUCUCCAAAUUACAGUAUGCAUUGCCUGAACUGCACAGAACAAGAGACUACCUUUACCUGGUUGAAGAUGUACAUGGCAAAAAGCAAAUCAGAACCAAUGUAAAAAUGAACCAUGCUAUAGUUGUGUUUUCACAAUAAAUGGAUGCUACAGUAUCUGAUGUAAUUUUGUAGUUGGAACCCUACUUGUUUAUUCUGGUAAGCUUUCUGUAGAUUCCUGUCUACAGGUUUUAUGAACUCAUAAGAGCAUACUGUAGAUACUGUAUCAACUUCAUUCCUCAUUUUUUGUAAAACAUUUUUUCUUAAUAAAAUGAAUUCAUAAAGAC